GAACCAGCACCAGCCUUCUCUGUGGCUCUGAGUGAACCAGCACCAGCCUUCUCCGUGGCUCUGAGUGAACCAGCACCAGCCUUCUCUGUGGCUCUGAGUGAACAAGUACCGUCCCUCUCCGUGGCUCUAAAUCAGUGCUGGCUCCUCAUUACAUCCCUUAACCAUGAUUGAAGUUGUAGCCAAGUUAAUCCGUGGCCCAGUGUUCCUAGCUGGUGAAGCUCUAGAGUGUCUUGUGACAUUCACCAACCCCCUGUCAGCAGCAUCUACCUCUGCCAGCAGUGAGACCUUGGCUUGGGCCAGUGCUCAGAUCCACUGCCAGUUUCAUGCCAGUGAGAGUCGGGUACAGCUUCCAGCCAGCGAAGAGCAAAGACAGGACGUGCAGGCAGAGAACGAAACUGUCUUCAUUCCAAAUCGAGGUGAGAGAGGUCAAUGCAUUUUGUCUACUCCUCCCAAAAUCUUAUUUUGUGACCUCCGUCUGGAUCCUGGAGAGACUAAAUCUUAUUCCUAUAGUGAGACAUUGCCACUGGCUGCUCCUCCUUCGUUCCGUGGUCAGUCUGUGAAAUAUGUCUACAAACUAACCAUUGGCUGCCAGCGGGUGAACUGUCCCAUACAGCUCCUGCGAGUCCCGUUUAGGGUCCUUCUCCUGCAUGCGUUGCAGGGGUUUCAGCUCCCACAAGAAGAGGAGGUUGCUCCUUCCAACCCAUUCCUGGAUGAGGAGGAGAUCGGGAAGAGGGACUCCCGACUUCUGGAUUCGGCAGUAGAGAUUCUGAUGGCAGUUACAUCACGCCGGAACCUCCAUCAGUAUAACAUCAGUAAUGCACGUGGCCGUGUUGGGACCUUCUGUAUCUUUAAGACUGUUUAUAAAAUUGGAGAAGACAUUAUUGGAACAUUUAAUUUCUCUGAUGGUGAAAUCCCUUGUCUGCAGUACUGUGUGUGUCUCCAGGCUGAGGAGAGUGUACAAGAAGAGUACCGACGAUCCCGCAGCCAGCCUGUAACUAUCAGCACGCAUGCGCAGCACCUAGAGUCCUGUCUGCACACCGCCUGCAGCCACUUCAGCCUUCCGCUCCCACUCAGCUCCUGUCCUGGAUUCAGCACCAAUAUUGUAUCCCUGAAGUGGCGUCUUCAUUUUGAGUUUGUCACUGCGCGGGAACCGGUGGAAGCUCCAACUGUCCCCGAAAAUCAGUCUGAGAUUAUAACGUGGACCGGAGCAGCACACAUUGACGUGGAUACCUUUAGCUGGGACCUUCCAAUCAAAGUUCUACCAACCAAUCCCCUGCUCGUCUCGUAUGUCUCGCCAGCUCCUUCCACUCACUCAAUCUGUAUCUGACGGAUCCAUAGACUGCUUAAUCCUGCAACUUUUUAAUAAAUGUCAUGAAAUAUAA